UUGUGCAUUCUUUGGUUGCGAAAGGCUGUGUUCUAUUAUGAAUGUGAGACAGCUUGUUGUCAUAGCAACUGGCUAAAAUACUAACCAAAAUAAAAUGUUUUAGACAACUUUUCCUCUAAAACCUUGCAUUUAUCACAACUUUUUACAAUUUUUGAAAUAGCUUUCUUCAUUAGUCAGUAGUGAACUUGACAAUAUCAAAUCAUAUAUAGGUAGUGUCAUUUCGAAAACAGCUUGCAUAUUAUUAGCGAACAGACUGGAAAUUUUCUGCGUGCGCGCCAGGAUCGCAUAUCAAUAUGGCUUCAUGGCUUCAUAUGUAAAGGACUAUAAGGAAAUUUGCUUCUAGAAAUGAGUAUGGCUGAUGGCCCCUCAACUAGCACAAAUAUGGAUGCUUCAGCAACUACGAGCCGGUCGGCACCGGUCGCCGCCCCGCGCGCUCCCGGCGGCAAACCGUCGGGCGGCGGCUCCUCCGGGCGGAGGGCCUCGGUAGGCCGCCAGCGGACCGACAGCAACGCCUCUGGCGGCAGCCAGGCGCACGACGGGCUCGGCCGGCGCAGCUCUACAAGAUCGAUCAAGCGGAAGAAGUUUGAUGAUGAGAUCGUCGAGUCGGGCAUAUCGCUUCCUCCACUUCCCCCAGCAAAGGCGGCCAGAACCCAGAGCGUCGACUACCAGCUGAGCAGCAUGGGACUGAGCGGCGUCAAUGAGCCGCUGCGGCGGCGGCCGGCGCGCGCCACAUCUCGCCGCAGUCGGCGGUCGCGCGCCGCAGCCGCCGCACUCAAGGACAUCGGCCGCUGGAAGCCGACGGACGACCUGGCGCUUAUCAAUGCUGUUCAACAGGCCUGUGACCUGACAUUGGUUCACCUGGGAGUCAAGUUCUCCUGCAAGUUCACACUGUCGGAGAUCCAGGAGCGGUGGUACGCCCUGCUGUACGAUCCCUCCGUUUCCCGACUCGCCGUCACCGCCAUGAGAAACCUUCACCCGGAACAGAUUGCCGAGGUGGAAAGCAAGGCGUUGUAUUCGCAAGCCGAAGAGGAUCUUCUGAAGGCCAUCAGCUCGACGUCGCCCCCGACGCUGGAGCAGCUGCAGACCCUGCUGGACGCCCACCCGGAGACGUUCCACUCCAGCCGGACGGCCAAGCGGCUCCGGGAGCGGUGGGAGAAGCUGAAGCUGUACCAGCUGCUUACCGAUCAGUCCGCCAAGCCGGCGACUGUGAAGGACAUGCCGCUGCAGUUUUCCGACGCCGAGGAGGCGAUGGACGACCUGGCGCUGCUGGAGACGCCGCCGGACGAGCAGCUGGACCGCGAACUGGACAUCGUAGAUCGGCGCUCGAAGCAGGAGAUCCGCCGCCUGGAGACAGAGAGCCGCCGCUGGCAGGUGCUGGUGGACGGUGUAACUGGAGUGUCGCCGCCGGAGUUCGACAACGGCACGCUGGCCAUUCUGCGCGGACGCACCGUGCGCUACCUGAUGCGCUCCGCUGAGAUCACCCUGGGUCGGAGUACGAAGGACUCAGCCGUAGAUAUCGACCUGUCGCUCGAGGGGCCGGCUUGGAAGGUAUCCCGCAAACAGGGCAUCAUCAAACUCAGAAACUCGGGAGAGUUUUUCAUCGCUAACGCGGGCAAGCGGCCGAUCUUUGUCGAUGGCAAACCGGUGCUGGCAGGGAACAAGUACAAACUGAAUGACAACUCGGUGGUAGAGAUCGCCCACCUGCGGUUCACGUUCGUCAUUCACCACGAGCUGGUGGGCGCCGUCAGACAGAAAUACUCGGCCUCGGCACCCAUCUCCCUGCCCUGAGCUAGUCGCCGAGUCGCGGUCACAGCUCUGCAGGGAGAUCACCGAACCGGUGCGCCACCCGCAGCUGAGUCUGUACGCGCGGGUUUGGAGAAGACCGUAGCGUAAAACUUUGUCUGAUAGAGGCUAGGGAGAGGGUUUGGAAAGACAAGUGAGGACGGUGAAAAGGUCGGUUGCUUAUACAGUGAUGGGACCCGGUUCGAUGGGUGAAAAUGACUUGGCGUCUAGGUAGAAAGGUGGAUUGAUCUCGUCUGUCAGUAAGAACAGGGGUUUGAUGACGUAUGGUCUGUACGAAGUGUCCGUGCCUGACUGUGUUGUUGACUGCCUGAUGCGACACUGUGACAGUGACACAGUGUCAGUGUGACAGUGUGUUGUGUCAUCAAAGACAGAGCGUAAUGGUGGAGCACUGUUGUGACGUAUUUGUAAGAAGCUUACUUAGUUUCGAAUAAGUUCAUCGGGGCUUAAGCCUUUAGUGCUAUUCAGUGUAGUUUUGUGAGGCCUAGUUUCGCGAUUUCUACAGCUCAUCUGGCAGAUAGUUUUUGGAAGUUGUUGCCUCUCGGACCACCGUGGUUUGUAACACGUAAUGUAUUUGUUAACAUCCAACAUGAGUUGACAAUAUAAUGCCUAGUUACAGAUAA